GCGGAGGCGGCGCUCUGGCCCGCGUGGCGCAGUCGUCCGCGUCUCGCUGGUGAUGACGCACGGUCGGGGCGGCGGGAAAAGCAAGAUGGCGGCGCCCAUGGAGGUGGCCGUGUGUACGGACUCGGCGGCCCCAAUGUGGAGCUGCAUCGUGUGGGAGCUGCACUCGGGCGCCAACCUGCUCACCUACCGCGGCGGCCAGGCGGGACCCCGCGGCCUGGCGCUGCUCAAUGGCGAGUAUCUGCUGGCGGCGCAGCUGGGCAAGAACUACAUCAGCGCCUGGGAGCUCCAGCGGAAGGACCAGCUCCAGCAGAAGAUCAUGUGCCCCGGGCCCGUCACCUGUCUGACCACGUCACCCAACGGCCUCUACGUCCUGGCAGGAAUUGCAGAAAGCAUCCACCUGUGGGAGGUCUCCACCGGGAACCUUCUGGUCAUCCUGAGUCGACACUACCAGGAUGUCUCCUGCCUGCAGUUCACCGGGGACAGCAGCCACUUCGUCUCGGGGGGCAAGGACUGCCUGGUGCUGGCUUGGAGCCUCUGCAGCGUGCUGCAGGCCGACCCCUCCAGGAUCCCGGCACCCCGGCACGUCUGGUCUCACCACACGCUCCCCAUCACGGACCUGCACUGCGGCUUUGGGGGCCCCCUGGCCCGGGUGGCCACCUCCUCGCUGGACCAGACGGUGAAGCUGUGGGAGGUCUCCUCGGGGGAGCUGCUGCUCUCCGUCCUCUUUGACGUGGCUAUCAUGGCGGUGACCAUGGACCUGGCUGAGCACCACCUGUUCUGCGGGGGCAGCGACGGCUCCAUCUUCCAGGUGGACCUCUUCACCUGGCCGGGACAAAGGGAGAGAAGCUUCCAGCCAGAGCAGGACCCCGGGAAGGUCUUCAAAGGGCACAGGAACCAGGUGACCUGCCUGUCGGUGUCCACGGACGGCAGCGUGCUGCUCUCGGGCUCCCAUGACGAGACCGUGCGGCUCUGGGACGUGCAGAGCAAGCAGUGCAUCAGGACUGUGGCCCUCAAAGGCCCCGUCACCAACGCCAUCAUCCUGCUGGCACCCGUCAGCAUGCUGAGCUCAGACUUCAGGCCCAGCCUGCCGCUGCCUCACUUCAACAAGCACCUGCUGGGCGCCGAGCACGGGGACGAGCCGCGCCAUGGGGGCCUCACCCUGCGCCUGGGUCUCCACCAGCAGGGCCUGGAACCCAGCUACCUGGAUCGCACAGAGCAGCUGCAGGCAGUCCUGUGCAGCACCAUGGAGAAGAGUGUGCUCGGUGGCCAGGACCAGCUGCGCGUCCGCGUGACGGAGCUGGAGGACGAGGUGCGCAACUUGCGCAAGAUCAACCGGGACCUGUUCGACUUCUCCACGCGCUUCAUCACGCGGCCGGCCAAGUGAAGCCUGGAGACCCCACCCCACGCGGCCCGGACUCUCCCCGGUUCUGCGUCCCCAUCACUGGGCCGUUUUGGCGUCUUGCGGGACACGUCACGUUGGUGUUAGUCUGUUUUUCACAAAAGAUAAUGAAAAGCUGCUUUCCA